AUGACGAUCCUCCUCCACGAUGUUCAGUACUUACUGCAGAUUCCUGUUGAGGGACGACUGAUGAGUAGGACUUCUGAGCAGCUUGACCAUCCGGAGGUGGGUUUGUGUGCGCUUCUUGGGAUGAACUCGGAGCAGUUGAGUGGUCAACCAUUUUUAUGUUCUUCUGUGUCCAGACCCUCUCAAACUGAUUAA